UUGGAUGCUUUCAAAACCCUCAAAAAUUGAUUUUAGGGUUUAGACAAUCAGCUUUAGUGUCUCUUUCUUCAAUCCUUCUCAUCUACACUUAGAUUAUAGUCCUCUGCUCGGUUGCUGAGAAAGUGAAGCGAAACAGCUUAAGAAAAAAGAUAGUACUUUGCUUCCACUUUGGCUCGCUGCUUUUUGUUCCUCCCCCUAAAGAAAAGCUGACUUGAAGUGAUUACUUGUGCUGGUGAAAAUUAGGAAUUAAUAGAGAUGGAAUUAGAAUCGCGAUUGAAUAAAAUUGAAGCUAUAAGCCAAGAAUCACCACAAACAGCAAGCAAGAAAUCAAAAAAGAAGAGAAAGAGAGAGAAAGAGAAAGAGAGAUGUGAUGAUGGCCAGAAUGACCUGCUACCUGUCAUUGAUAGACCCAAUGAGCAAUCACCUUUGAAUGUUAAAAUAGAAGUAAUCUACGACCAAACUGAUAAAACCCCUCCUAUAGUGGGUUAUUUCCCUUCUGGGUAUAAGCCUAGUAAACAUAAUGAAAGCAACAAUUUACAUGAUACUAGUAAUGAAGAAAAUGCAACGUCAUCACUGUCACAACCAAGUGUUAAGUUUUAUAGGAAUGCUCAAAGGACUAAGAUUGAGAAAAGCUCCAAUGAGAGGAAUGAGAAAUGGAGAAGUUCAGAAAGGAUGGAACUGGUUGUGAGUCCUAAUGGGUCAAAUGUGGACUUUGUGGGUAAGAGCUAUAAAGGUGAGGCUACGGCUGCACAGUUAUGUACAUAUGCACUUGGGGUUCUCGAUAAGAAGACAAAGACUUUGAAGAUUAUGCCUAUUGCUGGAAAUAAGAUAUUCCGAUUGGAGCCAAAAAUUCAAGGAGUUGAUGCUUCUGAUAAGGAACCUUCAGUUUUGGAAAAUGAGGAUCUUUCUAAAGAAAACAUGGCAGUUAGGAAGAAGACACUUACUGAUACAUAUGGUACAAAGAAAUCUAUAACCCAGGGUAAAAGAAUGGAGAUUAUGAUGCAGGGAGACAAUCCUGAGUCUCGGAAAGAUUUGGACCAGAAAAUUGACAAUGUUGUGGUAAACAAGGCGGCUCUUGAGGAUACCAGUGCUCAUGUUGCUCGGAAUAUUCCACCUCAUAACACCUCUGCCACCACACCUCAGGAAGCCUAUCCACUGGGCAGGAUUAUUCUCACAGGAGAGUGGGAUUACCUGGAAGAUCUUUAUGAGAUCUUGCAAGCAGGGGAAGGAGCAGCAAUCAAUGCUUACCCGGUUUUUGUCCGCAACAGAAUCCAUAAAUUACGAGAAAUUCAGGAUGAAGUGGAGAGGAAGACAUACUCCCGCAUUUUCUCAUACAUCACUCAUCUUCUAAAGUUUAAAGAUCUGCAUUCCAUGGAUGGUGUUUCUUCGGCAAAGAACCAUAAAUUUCCAAGCAUUCUCCGUCAGAAAUUUAUGGGGAUGUUUACUCCAGAAUCAAGAAAGCUGCCAGUUGAGAAAAUUGAUCUUCUCAUUAGUUAUGUCUUAGUGCUCAGUCUGUAUGCUGAUGAUUUCCGGACGGAUCCGACAGAUAUUGCAAAGGAUUUGAGAGUUAGUCGAGUUAUGGUGCGAACACAUUUUGAGAAUUUGGGGUGCAAGAUUGUAUGUGAAAAUAAGUUGUCGUUGGCAACCCUUCCGGUUCCUCUCAAAUUCCCAGUCCAAAGGCAGAGGCGGGCCCGACGAUAGAUGGAUUAAAAUAUACCAUAAAAGCAUUAUUUUGUCAUGCAGAGACUGCCUGCCUGGCAGCCAGUAGUUCAUGCCCUGGAAAGGCCCAGUUUGGAAAAGAAGAGAUCUUUAGGGCGGCGGAGAAUGCAACUUAUUUUGGUUAAUGAAAAAUUUGAGAUUUGUGGAUCAUCUUGUCCGCCCUUGUUUGAUUAUUAUCUGCUAUUGAUGCAGAGUUAGACUAUAUACGUUUUUCAAUGGAUUUUCCAAAUUUUGCUGAA